CAGAUUAUUGUAGUUAACAUCAUCAAAGACGGUUGUUCUCAUUCAUGACACAUUCACGUUGCAAAAUGGCUUGCAAUCGUUGCGAAACUGAAAAUUCUCGCCAGUAAGCGAGGAAGACUGACGGUCAAGCCGUCCCUUUUUGGCCGGCAGAUAGGUGGAUAUUGUUAGUAACAUCAACGGCAAUUCAAGAAGACGCGACAAAAUCUAUCCAGAAGCAAAAUAAUAUCAAAUGCAUGUUGAUUAUGACAAGACGUCAUUAAUUGGUGGCAAUGGCAAUCCUUAUGGAGACGUUUGCUACAGUAUUGCUCGUGAGGGUCCAACUAAGCCCGACUCGCGUACUUUAAAAGGUUCUGCCGUUAUGCAGGUGCUAAUCGGUGUGUUGAUGCUGAUUUGUGGAGUACUGAUCCUUCUGUUCGUGGAUUGUCAAUUUGCUAAGGUGUAUGUUGGAGUCUGGAGUGGCGUAUGGUUCAUUUUGUCUGGAUGGAUGGGUCUGUAUGCUUCUUCUGACGCAUCCAAAGGAUGGAUAAUAACAUACUUGACUAUGUCAUCUGUGUCUCUGCUGGCCUCCUUCGCAGCGAUUGUACUGAAAGCAUAUUCGUUGAUCUUAGAGGAAAACGCAGAGUGUCUCAGAUUGGAGGAAAUUUUACUGAUUGCCGCGGCCAGCGAACUUGUUGUCAGCAUUUUCGCCACCAUUCUCUGUAGCAUGCGUCUCAAUUCACUGAAGAAGCAAGACUAUGGAUUCACGAAGCGUUCUCCAAUUUACAAACCGAUAUCGUCACAAUAGAGUCUAUAAAAGCACCUGAAUCCAGUAUUAUAAAACAUGUAUACAGUAUUUUUAAAAUAGUGUCUUUUGUCAGUUUGGAAUAUAAUCAUACUUAGAUGUAAUUAAUGCUUCUACAAUCUAUUUUAUAUUCAAAUUAUAAUGAAUAAUCUAUCAUUAUAAUUGGAAUAAUAAAAAUAAUUAUUGUAAUUAUUUAAAAAAAUGCAGUAUAUAAAUAUUGUUCAUUAAUACACAGAGUGUGAAACAGACUCAGUAUAAUUGCAGUACACAUACACACCACACACACGCGCACACACCUACAUACACACCACCCCCGCAACACACACAACUUACAUUACAAUAACAAAAUUCUUAUUUCAUUUCAUUUCAUUUAUUUGUCUUAAAACAUUAACAUUUACAAAAACAGAAACAGCAAAGAACAAACAAAAGAGAACAUGAGACAGAAACACUCCAAAAUUAAAGUUAAUCAUUAUCGAGUGGGGCCCUUUGACAAAAUACAAUGACUUACAAUAACAUUUUGCUUAAAGAUAGAACAUCUGAAGUUAAAUAUUUAAAAUAAUCAGUAGUGUUGUAAAACGAGCAAAAUUAAAAGGCAUAUUAAAAAAAAGGUGUUUAAAUACUCUGGAUACAGCAUUUUUAUAUAGAAGCAAACUGUAUUUUUGUUUUUCAAGUGCUUUUGAAUGCUUGAAUUUCAAGUUCUUAAAAUGGUCACAUACAUGUAGUUUAUUUUUAACUAGAAACAGGAGUCUUGAACUAUAGCUAACUAGGGACAACAACGUAAGGGAUUGGAUAUCAAAACAGGAAUAUAAUUGGAUUGAAUUGGAUUAGAAUAGAAUUAUAUUUAGCAGUGGUGGAUUCAAGGGCCUUCCAAUUUUUUAAAAAUAAUAAUAAAGAAAUAUAUAAAAUUCAAUUCAAAAAUACUUUAUUAUCCAAAAGGAAAUUUAUACACACAUUUAAGUCUGAGUGUCUUUUCCAGCGAUAUAAAGGUGCCAUAAUCCUAAAUUAUUGAUCCCUCAACCGUAAAAGACCCCCUCUAUUUCGAAUUCUUGGAUCCACCACUGAUUAGGUAUAUCAAUAACAUCCAUAAAGACAUUUUGAUCCUCAACAAAUUAUCAAAGUUAAUUAAAAAGAUAUUACGCACAUAGGUACUAAUGUCUAUAGGAAGCCUAUGCCUAGGAACAACAAUGGUAGGUAAAGCCCCAUCCUGUAUUUAAUAAAUUUGGUACUGUAGUUUAUAAGUUUUUAAGCCCUCAUCAAUAGCAUUAUUAUGUUAGUAUCCAGAGCAGAACAUGUUUUUUCAGAACAUAAGUUUUUGGUCUACCAUGACGUCAUCAUGUAAUUAGACAAUGUAGCCUAGUUUGCUUGUACAGUACUCUUGGAUUCGUUCGUGCUAAUUUUUAUAGAGAUAGUUAUUAUAUUAAAUCUCAAAAUAUAUUA